AUGGCUGCACCCAGUACAACCGCCGCUACCAUGCUGACACCGGACCGACACAACCUCACCAUCGGUCAUUGUCGCGCGCAACGACAGGCACUCUAUUCCCACACCGAUCUUGGCACACCCAAGCUGCUAAAGAAGCACCCGAAACCCAUCAUCUUUACCCCACGGGCAAGUGAGGAUGAGUGGACGGAAAGUCAAGAAGAACUUGAGCGCUGGGGUAUGGGAGCUACCAAGACAACCAAACCGGAGUCUAGUAAAGCCACAAUACCAAGCCGUUCGCAAGGACGGGGUUUGGACCACACUCCCCUAGGAGUGUCUACUAUGGCCAAACGAAAGGUUCAACAUGACCCGUACAAGCAAAAGAGCAUAGACGGUUACAUCUCGCGCACCGCCCGGCCCAGUCGUAGCAAGACUACACCAAAGGGCAAGGAAGUCGCCCAACCACCUAAGCCCACUAAGACUCAGCGGAAACGUCAACGAGAAGACGACGACGACGACACAGAUGCGGCGCGCUCCACCGCACAGGACGCCAGGCUUACGAGAAGUGCUAAAAAGCGACUAGAUGCAGGGUCCAGUCGACACGCAGAUGAAGAUGAUGCUAGCCUGCACGAGUCCUACACAGCAGGAGCAACAGACGAUGACACAGGUAGUGUUUUUGAGUUAGAGAAUUACAGCGAUCCUGAGGGCGACGAAGAGGAUAUGUUCCUGAGUUCAGACGACAACGAGGACGAUGCCGACCAGCCUGACGAAGACAACGAGGAAGAGGCCAGCCAACCUGACGAAGACAACGAGGACGAGGACAGCCAGUUUGACGAUGCCGUUCAGACCGACGACGAUGCCAGCCAGUUUGACGAUGUCGACCAGACCGACGACGAUGCCGACAUCCACCACGCGGACGAUGAUGACAUGAGGGAGGCACAGUACUCCCUCAACAUUCCACUGCGCGAUAAGGACCUGUUCAACAUUGAUGUUACCUCCAAUGAGGUUACAUCUAUGGUGGAGAAAGUGUUACCUGCACUUUCAUCAAGAAAGAUGAAGAAUUUCUACAGGACUAUCGCCGGCCAUCUUGAGAAGUCUCCUCCAUUUAGGAUCCCGGCGCGCUCUCGACACCCCACAACCUGGUCGUUAGUUAACCCUGACUUCGAUUUACUAUGGAAGCACGCGGUCGACGGCGAGCGGGCUCUAGACCUCGGUGACGCAAGUCUAUUACCUAAAUGGCUUAACAUGUCAGAAGACGGUCUUGUAAAGCCAGUUGGAUCGUUCACCGACACGCUACCACUGAUAUCCAGCUACCCGACAGCAUCAGACGAAGGGAGUGUGCACAACCGCUACGGCACUGUUGAUGAUAUGAGUAACGUUUAUUUAAAAUUCUGUGGUCCCCGCCUCAUGCUACUGAAUGAGAGGAUCCUGGGGAAGAUAGCUAACCCCUAA